AUGUAUUCAGUUAGAAGGGAUAUGAACCACCAUUCCCCCUUCUCAAGCAGAUCUCCUCCCUCCAUCCUCCACAUCCACACACCCACAAGCACUCAUUCCAUGCCAACAGGCACUUUCCUCUUUUGUCCACAGUGCAUCUUUUUCAUAAAACCUAUCAUCCCUCUCCCCUGUUUUUCAUCAUCCCCCAUCCUUGACAGCAUCAGACGACAUCGACAGAGUUCUGACAGUAAUUGCUGUCUUCGAGACAAGGAAGGAUUUGUAAUUACAAAGAUACAAUCAAAUUACUUGUUUGCAAAUUCCAGAAUGCAUCAGACUUUAUGUACUUCCUGUUUACAAGUAUUCCUCUUCCUGUCAUUGUAUACUGUACUAGCAAUGGGGGCAAUAACAAAAACAGGCCACAAUGACACAAAUUUUCACCCCCCUGUUGCCAUGGCACUCAUAGGAGGUCACUCAAUACCAAGAGGGCGCUGGCCAUGGCUGGUCUCUUUACAAUCAAAGGUUGUCACCAGUCGAAUAUUUGGCAUUUUCCCUGUCUACAGGUACUACUGGUGUGGAGGAUCACUCAUCUCUGACCAAUGGGUUAUGUCUGCAGCUCACUGUUUUUUUGGUGAAAAUUCAAAACCAAUUGCGGCAAAUAGUUGGACUGCUAGAAUGGCAACAACUUCUUUAAAACCAAACAUUAGAGAGAAAGUUCUGCACAUAUUUGGAAAAAUCUUUCGAAAAAUGAAAUGGAGACAAUGGAAUGUAAAAGUUGAAAAAGUGAUUGUUUACCCAGAUUUCCAAAUAAAUGAUUUUCACGAUGAUAUUGCACUGUUAAAACUGGCACACCCAGUUCCUACUGAAAUUAUAUCAACCAUUCAACCAGUGCCUUUAGCCGAAAAGGAGGAUAUCCUUUUUCCUGAGGCAGGGACCAUGUGUAUGAUGAAGGGUUGGGGUUGCACUCAAGGUGGUGGCAGUGUAACCAAAUAUGCUCAGGAAUUGAGUCUACCAAUUAUGUCCAACAGUGAAUGCUCUCACUACUUUGGCGUUGUGAGUCAAGAGAAGAUCUGUGCAGGAUUUACCAACCAUGCAAAAGGAAUAUGUAGAGGUGACAGUGGUGGUCCCCUAGUGUGUCCAACAUCGCGAGGUUGGGUGCAGGUUGGAGUGGCAUCAUUUACUAGCAAGGAUCACCCUGAAAAUUAUCCAGGUGUAUUUACACGUGUUGCUAAAUACAAAGAUUGGGUUGACCAGUCACUUAGAUUGUAUAGUUGA